AUGAUGCUCAAAAACUCGGCCGUGGCGCUGUGCUGCUCCACGUGCUCCGUCCCCUCGUCACUCACGUCAUCGCCCUCGCCAUCUCGAUGCUUCCCUUCUCACCCCUCAUACAAAGGCAGACACGGAAGCACCAGCUUGAGAAGACGUGCCUCGACCUCAACACACUCCGACGGCGACGCACCCCCCGCCUGGCCGCGCUCAUCGCACCCGACCCCCUACGAAAUCUUCGACAUCCACAAGGCCGCCCCCUACACCAAGCGCCGCUUCUACCAGCUCGUCAAGCUCUACCAUCCCGACACCCACGACAGUCACACUCGCGGCCCCUUCCUCCCCUCGGCCACGCGCCUCGAGCGAUAUCGCCUCGUCGUCGCCGCCAACGAUCUCCUCAGCGACCCGGAGAAACGGCGCCUCUACGACUCCCAUGACCGCGCCUGGCGCCAUCAGCCCAAUAGCCCAGCCCGCAACGCCACCUGGGAAGACUGGGAGCGGUGGUACGAGGCCCGCGACGGGCGGCGCCGCGAGCCCACAUACAUGAGCAACGGCACCUUUGCCACCUUGGUCGUCAUGAUGUGCAUGGUAGGCGCCAUGACGCAGGCCAACCGCGCCGAGGCCUCGGGCGCCCACUUUGUCGAGUCGACGAAGCAGAGGCAUGCGGCCAUUGGGCAGGACAUGCUCAGGAGCAGUACGGCGUUGGCUGGCAGGUCCAAGGACGAGAGGGUCGACUCCUUCCUGCGGGACAGGCAGAACGUGGCGUCCGAUUAUGCGCCUAGUAGAUGUAAUGCUCCUUCGCAGCCUGACAGGCCCGCAUGA